AUCCCGCUCCCUGAUCCCAUUCCCGCUCCCUCAGCCCGGCCCGGCCCCUCUCGCCAUGAGCUUCCUCUUUGGGAGCCGUUCCUCCAAAACCUUCAAGCCCAAGAAGAACAUCCCCGAGGGCUCCCACCAGUACGAGCUGCUGAAGCACGCGGAGGCCACGCUGGGCAGCGGCAACCUGAGGCAGGCCGUGAUGCUGCCCGAGGGGGAGGACCUCAACGAGUGGAUUGCUGUCAACACUGUGGAUUUCUUCAACCAGAUCAACAUGUUGUACGGGACCAUCACGGAAUUCUGCACGGAGAGCAGCUGCCCUGUCAUGUCUGCAGGGCCCAGGUACGAGUACCACUGGGCCGACGGCACCAACAUCAAGAAGCCCAUCAAGUGCUCGGCGCCCAAAUACAUCGACUACCUGAUGACGUGGGUGCAGGACCAGCUGGACGACGAGACCCUCUUCCCCUCCAAGAUCGGUGUGCCCUUCCCCAAGAACUUCAUGUCAGUGGCCAAGACGAUCCUGAAGCGGCUCUUCCGUGUCUACGCCCACAUCUACCACCAGCACUUCGACUCGGUGAUCCGGCUGCAGGAGGAGGCCCAUCUCAACACCUCCUUCAAGCACUUCAUCUUCUUCGUGCAGGAGUUCAACCUGAUUGACAGGAGGGAACUGGCUCCUCUGCAGGAACUGAUUGAGAAGCUGGGCUCCAAGGACAGAUAAAACAUUCCUUGGGGGGACCCUUCUGGCCUCUCCUUUCUGCUUCUUCUUCAGCCACCUCAACGCUUGGCUCCAGGAACGCUGGACACACCGAGCGGCUCCACUCCUGCUGUGCAGCCCCCACUGGGCUCCUCUGCCCCACACCCGUGGGCUGGGUGAAGGUGGAGCAGGUUUUGUCCCUCACAGGGGUGACAUUCCAAGUCCUGCACAGCUGCUUCCCGCUCCCAGAGUUCCCCUCUGGGCUCUGCAGCCGCCUGGCGGGGGCUGAGAGCUGCUCAGCUUAUUUUUGGAAGUGCUUUUUUUUGGUUUUGUUUUUUUUUUUAGGAUAAGAGGUGCACUUUGGCCCAGAGCCUUAAAGCUCCCCUUGGCAGCAGCACUGAGGGGGGGAGACAAGUGCCUGGUCCCAGGGGGGUGUCCCUGUCCCUGGGAGGGAGGAGCAGCUCUGGAGUGUCCCCUGGAUGGGAGGGGACACAAGGGAGGGACCCUCCUGUGUGGCAAGGCAAUAAUAAAAGUUUCUUCCUGCUCUUCUUUCAGAGGAA